AUGACCAGCAAAUCCACCGUGAAGAGCUACAGCAGCAGCCACCGUGGCUUCAGCUCAGGCUCAGCCAGGGUCCCCGGGGUCUCGCGCUGUGGCUUCAGCAGCGUCUCUGUGUCCCGCUCCCGGGGCAGUGGCGGCCUGGGUGGAGUGUGCGGAGGAGCUGGCUUCGGCAGCCGCAGCCUCUACAACCUGGGGGGCUCCAAGAGGAUCUCCAUCGGAGGGGGCAGCUGUGCCGUCGGAGGUGGCUAUGGCAGCAGAGUCGGAGGCGGCUAUGGCUUUGGAGGUGGAGCCGGGAGCGGAUUCGGUUUCGGCGGUGGAGCUGGCGCUGGCUUUGGGCUCGGUGGUGGAGCUGGCUUUGGUGGUGGCUAUGGGGGUUCUGGCUUCCCCGUGUGCCCCCCCGGAGGCAUCCAAGAAGUCACGGUCAACCAGAGUCUCCUCACCCCUCUGAACCUGCAAAUCGACCCCUCCAUCCAGCGGGUCAGGACCGAGGAGCGUGAGCAGAUCAAGACCCUCAACAACAAGUUCGCCUCCUUCAUCGACAAGGUGCGGUUCCUAGAGCAGCAGAACAAGGUCCUGGACACCAAGUGGACCCUGCUGCAGGAGCAGGGCACCAAGACCGUGAGGCAGAACCUGGACCCUCUGUUCGAGCAGUACAUCAACAACCUCAGGAGGCAGCUGGACAGCAUCGUUGGGGAGAGAGGCCGCCUGGACUCGGAGCUCCGGGGCAUGCAGGACAUGGUGGAGGACUUCAAGAACAAGUACGAAGAUGAAAUCAACAAGCGCACAGCAGCAGAGAAUGAGUUUGUGACUCUGAAGAAGGAUGUGGACGGUGCCUACAUGAAUAAGGUUGAGCUACAAGCCAAGGUAGACAGCUUGGCAGAUGAGAUCCAAUUCCUGAGAGUCUUGUAUGACACAGAACUGUCUCAGAUGCAAACCCACAUCUCAGACACAUCCGUGGUCCUGUCCAUGGACAACAACCGUAGCCUGGACCUGGACAGCAUCAUCGCUGAAGUCAAAGCCCAAUAUGAGGAGAUCGCUCAGAGGAGCCGGGCAGAGGCUGAGUCCUGGUACCAGAGCAAGUAUGAGGAGCUGCAGGUCACCGCGGGCAGACACGGGGACGACCUGCGUAACACCAAGCAGGAGAUUGCUGAGAUAAACCGCAUGAUCCAGAGGCUGAGAUCUGAGAUCGACCACGUCAAGAAGCAGGUUGGAGGUGGCUUCAGUUCCAGCAGUGGCAGAGGCCUGGGGGGUGGCCUCAGCUCCGUGGGAGGCAGCAGUUCCUCCAUCAAAUAUACCACCACCUCCUCCAGCAGGAAGAGCUACAAGCACUGA